AUGUGUUACGGAAUCCUCUACGGUGUCUCUGAGGCCACGCUGAAGAAGUAUCGCGGUUGGGCCAACGAGUACAAGCGGUUCAUGGCUCACGAGCUGCCUAAACUGGACGCGGGUAGGUUUGGUGAUGAGGCCGCGCUGAGAAACGCGAACCCCGACGAGAUUGGGGCCGCGCUCGAACAGAACAUGGGUGGUGACUGGAAGAUGGCGGAGAGCGACGAGCAGUGGUUCCACGGCCCUGAGACGAAUCCGUGGCGCUUACGCAAAUACGUGACCUUCCUCGCGAACGAGACAGUUGCGCAGUCGGACAGGAUGGCCACACUCAAGCGGCCGCAGAAGACCUUGAAGAAGAGACGCCAGUGCACCCCGGCAAUGCUGAUGGGGCGUCUCAAGGCUUUGAACCUGCUCAUCAAGCUGGACGGGGCCAUCUUCAGGAAGCCCGUUCUGAACCUGCUGCGCGACUUUGCGGAUUGUCGCAUCUGGGUCCGCGUUCAAGUGUACGACUUGGUUCCCAUCCUCUAUGAGGACAUAGCCCCCCCUCUCGACUUCACGGAACCCUCCACGUGGUACGAUCAAUACCUGUUCUUCCCCCUUCGCGCGGGCAACGAGAAGCAAAUACCGCCCACGACUCAUCACGACUGGGCGGCGAAAAUACUCCAAGACGCGGGAAUCACAUGCUCGCGUGCGGUAUACGCGACCAGGGCUGGGGGGGCGCAGCACGCGUCCGCGGACGGAAUGCCUUCGGAUCAGCUGGCGAGGCUGGGGGGUUGGCGCUUCAUCGACGUGAUGACUAAGCACUACCUCACAACCAUUCCAAGGGAGGCCGUGCUGCUGAAGGCGGGCUUCACCGGGGUUGACGGUGACUACUUCCUGGGUCGCGCAACUGUUCCGGUCAGCGAUAAGCUGGAUGAGCUACUGAGGAAGCACAUUUUCCCAUGGGCCGCCGCGGACAAAGGACAGCAACAGUGCAAGGAUUACAACCGCAGGAUGGUGAAAACGCAGAAGCCGGAGAAGCAGGACACCGCGGGGCUAAACAUACUGAAGGAGCUGGAUGGGGACGCUAGGAUGGCGGUCGCGCAAGACCUGGCGAUGUAUUACAUCCACCAGCCGCGACACCCGUACGUGGUCAACAAUCCGCUCUGCCAGACGGAGGAAUUUGCGUCGUGGGCUGCAGAUGUCUCAUUGGCAAAUCAACUUGCCAUAGUACAGCGCAACACACCUACACUGACCCAGCCCGCAGAGGUGAGUACCAGAAUGGACGCGCAGAACCAAGUGACCGUCCUCACUGAGUACUUGACUCGUUCACAAGCGGAGAACACCAGACUGGGCCUAGAGUUGGUCGCGACUCAUAAACGGGUGAAAGAGCUGGAGGGGCUGCUGGAGGAUCGCGAUCGGAAACUGGCCGAGAAGGAGGAGCGCGUGAAUGAUUUGGAGGCUCAGCUGUCGCGGCUCACCGUGAGCAGCUCAGGGCCGACCGCGGUUCCGAACCAGGCAACCACUCUUGGAGCCGCGGCCGCGUCGACCAAUGCCACAACUCCCACCGAGCAGGGGACGCGGAAGAAACCCGCAGCGCCCACCAGGGAACAGACAAUUCGGGACGCAAUCGUCCUUCCAUGGGUCAACGCCACCAAACCGUCAGACAGAUGGAAGCUGUACAAGACAACGCACCCGCUGAUCCUCGAGAGUCCAGAGUCGCUUCUGGCCCAGCCCUGCGGCGCAGUUACGCGAAUGGCCGCGCUCAUUGGGGAGGAGGGAGGCGGCCAGAACGCAAUAAACCGUGUUAAGCGAAUCAUGAACUUCAUCGCCCACAGGGUGGAGCAAGGAGGCGACAUCGCGGUAGUGCUCGACAAGCUUGACCUCAUGUCAGGUGCUGUGGGCAUGUCGGGUGUAUCGGAAGGGAUCGCGGUAAAGAAGAAGAGUGUUGACCUGGAACUGAGCCAGCUGAAGAAGGGUUCUCCGGUGGAGGUGCAGUUGCGUGUGAAAUGGAUGCUUGUUCGCGACCGUCUCAUCAAUGCCUCACUUCCCGCUUCUGAGUUCACAGUCGCAUGGCCCCAGUACUGUGCGCUGAUGCCAGACUUGCAGUGUUGA